UUUUGGUGUUUUAUUUUUGAACAGGUAUAUCUUGAGGCGAAGAUAGUCCCUAACCUAGUGUAUGCAUCAAAAUUACUUGCUUACCAAAAGGAUUGUGUCAAUGAUGAUCCCAGCCCAUCCUCCAAUAGGAACCCUGAUCUUAAUGCAGAUGAACUUCAAGCCCUGGAGUGUAUCUAUCUGUUACUCUGCUAUCUGGUGUAUGCUGCUGAAGACUUCCUGAUUCAGUUUUGUGAUGCUGUAGCCAUCCUCAAUGCCACAUCUCUCCUUCAACAGUUCUUGUUAUUGGGUCGCAGGAAAGUGAGAGUUGUUACUGAUCUGGUGGCUAUUUUGUCCCAUGUUCUUCGAGCACUGCCUGAGAAUGCUGGUCUUAUUGAGCAGAUUGUGCUGGGAGUGGAUGAAGAAGGAUACUCUGCAAUUGAUUUGACCCAAAUGCUAAUGCAUCAUAGUCCUGUGCUGCGAGCUCGAAGUUGCCUUCUUCUACAACUUCUCGGCCGAUACAGUUGUCGAGCCUUGCAGUUCAGUUGGACUCAAAGAUUACGAGAAGAACUGGAAAAUCUGAUGCAUGACUCCAGUAAAAUGGUGGAAGUGGCUGCAAAAGGAGCAGUUAAGGAACUGAAAGAGCUGCAUUUCUACUUUCAGAAGAAAUAAUCAGUUUAAUGUAACAUAUAAUUUAUACAAACAUUUCCAUUUAUGAAUAUCAUGUUGUAGCUUUUAAGGUGACCACAGACAAAUAGGUUGCUGUCAGCAAAAUGACUCGCCUUCCUAAACAUGGCAUCUUAUUACAAAGGGCCACUGUCAAGCCCAUUUUCUAUACAUAUAUUAAUUGA